AUGGAUGACCCUCUCCACUUUUCAGACCUGCCCAAUUCCCUGCUCGACAUUCCGGACGACCAGUUUGACGACCUAGGCGAGGGUCUAGAUGAGGACCUAUGCCAUUUCUAUAGGAAAUGGGGAUUCAACAUUUACCGCACAGCAUACGGCGGCCCUCACUCCGACAGAGAAUGGGAGGCCCUUAUGGAAGGUCGAUUCGGGUAUGAGAAUAUCGAAGAAGUUGAGUCUAGAAAGAAGCUAUUGUCGCUAUUCCUCCUCAGUCUGCACUCGACCCCGAACUCUAAGGCUCAGAUCUAA